GCGAUGGCGGCAGGAGGACAAAGGCAGGAAGACGGAGCGUGAGCUCAAUGCUCUUGGUUGUUUAACUACAACGUAAGGGUGACGACUGCGUCAGAGUCGUCGCACUCCCAGCACGAUGUGCAAAGCUCGAGCUCAUGACCGAAGUGCAGCUCCUAAACCUGGUUGGCCUCGGUGUUCAACGAUACGAUCAAAGAAAAGCAAGAGAUCUCAUAGAGGUGUGUUGCAAACCAGUCGAGGCAAGGUAAACCGUAAGCAGCCGAAGGCUGGACAGUAUCCAGCUAACUUCUCUCCCUAUAAAAUGACGGGGGCAAAGGUUCAUUUUACUUGCCUAGAUCAACAUGAAAUCAAGGAGGAUGUUCAAUUGAUACGCGAGAGGACGAGGCAAGAGUUCAAGUCUAUCUACUUUGAAGAAAGCAAUAUGUCGGCCUAUGACUCAAGUAUGGGCAUCUAUGCUCAUGGAAAUGCAACAGAUACUUCUAAUGCUGGGGUCAACUGUCAAGGAGAAGGGACAUGGGGGUGUGCCGGCAACAUGGACGCGAAGGCAGGGAAUGAAGCAAAGAAGAGAGGUGUCAAACAGACUCAUAUGCUGCCAAAGAGGAAGCAUACAUGUCAUGAUAAGCCAGUGUCAUUCGGGAUAUGCGACCACAACCCCUGGUCCUUCCUAAUGUCCAAUACUCAACAACAGGCAUACCUUAGCCCAAUCAUCAUUUGAAUUGUAGACACAAUAGUAUCAUCAUGUGGACUUCUCCUGCUGUGACUGUCUAUAGAUCAACUUAUGUAUUAUGUAUGAUUCGAGCAUGCUAUCCAUAAUCCAAUGAAUCCGGCUCAGGCAUCUUGCAGACUUGAGUGAUAAGAAUUAACAAAGUAGGAUUCCAUCAUGUUGGAUAUAUUGUUGUCGAACAUAAUAAACAAGCAUCUAAGGAUU